CAGAGAGAGGGGGGACCCAGAAGGGGUGAGCCAGGUAGAGGGAUCCCAGGACCAUCCCAGUCUGGGCAGCUUGGCCAGGCUGGACAGGGCAGGGCAGGGGGACAGCCGGGAUGCCUGGCCGAAGGGGCUCCAGUAUCCCCGUGAGACAGGAGUGGGCGGGGUCCAGUGGGAGGGGUCAGUGCAGACCAGCUGGGCUGGAGGACCUGGCCUGGUGGCCCUGGCAGGGGUCGGGGGGCUGUGGGUCCUCACUCAGGCCCCAGAUCUGCACACUGCAGCUGCUGGCUGGGCCGAGCCUGAGGCCCAUGGCCAUUUUUGCGGGGUUGGGGGCCUUGGCACCCAGGGCGGAAGAGAAGCCCAGGGCCGGGAGACAGGCUGCCUUCCAGCGCUUCCUGGGGCCUCCUUCCUCCUGGUCCCCUCCUCCUGCCCUCCCCACCCCUCCCCCGCAGCCCUUAUAGCCACAUCCUGCAAGGAAAAACCCCAGACUCCCGAGCUGUGGGGCUGAGAGGAGCCGAGAAUGCGCGUGGGAGCCCAGCCACCCAGGGCGCCGGGCUCGGCCUUCCUGCUGCUGGGGCUCGCGCUGGGCGCUGCGGCCCAGAUCAGCUGUGCUGGGGACACCUACCCCAGUGGCAGCAGGUGCUGUAAGGAGUGCCAGCCAGGUUAUGGGAUGGAGAGCCGCUGCACCCACGCCCGGGACACGGUGUGCCGUCCGUGUGAGCCCGGCUUCUACAACGAGGCGGUCAACUACGAGGCCUGCAAGCCCUGCACACAGUGCAACCAGAGAAGUGGGAGCGAGCCCAAGCAGAGAUGCACACCCACGAGAGACACGGUCUGCGGCUGCAGGCCGGGCACCCAGCCCCAGGACGGCUAUGGCUACAAGCGUGGAGUUGACUGUGCCCCGUGCCCACCAGGACACUUCUCCCUGGGCAACGACCAGGCCUGCCAGCCCUGGACCAACUGCACCUCGUUAGGAAAGCGAACACUGCGGGCGGCCAGCAACAGCUCGGACGCUGUCUGUGAGGACAGGAGCCCCCGACUCACACCAGCCUGGGAGACCCAGGGCCCCGCAGCCCGGUCCACCCCCGCUCAGCCCACCACCACCUGGCCGAGGGCCUCACAGGGGCCCUCCACGCCCCAUGCAGAGCCCCCCAAGGGCCCCGAGCUGGCUGCUGUCCUGGGCCUGGGCCUGGGCCUGGGCCUGCUCGCCCCCGUGGCUGCCGCGCUGGCCCUGCUCCUGCACCACAGGGCCUGGAGGCUGACGCCCAACGCCCCCAAGCCCCCCGGGGCAAACAGCUUCCGGACCCCCAUCCAAGAGGAGCACGCCGAUGCCAACUCCAGCCUGGCCAAGAUCUGAGCGACGUCCGCUGGCGUAGGAGCUGGC